AAUUCGUGUGCUACCAGCUGGCAGCAGCAAUUUUGAGUGCGGCGCGACGUGAAAAGAAGUAAAAUCGAAUUAUCAUAUAAAAAACAAGAAGAAGAAGAAUAGGAAGUCCAAUAAACGAAUUGAACGACAAAACGGCUGCCGCAGAAAAGAAGAAAACAAAGAUGGCGACACAACAAUUGCUCAACAGAAACAUUCGCACAAUGCCCACAUGGGUGACUGAGGCAAACGAUCGCAUUGGACCCAAGCCGCCGCCAACGCCAAUGAAUGGCAACGGGACUCAGCUGAAGGUGCCAGCCCUGCCACCGAAGACGAAGAACACACCCGAACCCGACUACGAAAUUAUCGAGUUUACCAAUCAACAGCAGUACUCAAAUGAACCACUGAAACCCACACAGAUUCGCACCAAAACGCCAGACAACAAACUGAAGUGCACAUUGUGCGGCUCACAGAACCCAUGGGUGACCUGUGCCGAGUGCGCUGGCCAAAUCUUUUGCGCCUCAUGCGACGACAUGUACCACAAGCAUCCCAAGCGGAAGCAGCACAUACGCAAGGCUGUGCAGCAGGGCAUACCGCCCAUACCGCCAAAGGCACAGGGUGGCGCACCGCCGCCUGUUGCACCACCGAGACGCAGCAAACGUGGAUUGCUGACACCGUUUCUGGGCCGCAAGGAACAGAUGUUGCCCCCACCAUCGCCGACGCCGUCGCUGAAAUCCACCAGCGGCUGGCGGGGCACAAUGCCACCACAAAUGACAAAUCGUCCGCUGCCGGAGCCGCCACGUCCCGCACCCAGCGAGGGUGGCGGCUCCUCACGCUCCGGCACGCCCAAGUCAGUAUUCGAUACGAUCAGUCGGCCGCCGUCCGUUCAGCUGGAGAAGAUCAAGAGCAAGGCGAACGCAACUCUGGAUCGGAUGGCGCAGCUGCAGCAGCGAUAUCGCCAGCAGAAGGCGGGCACCUCGAACAGCUCGAACAUGGGCAGCGAACAGCAUUUGCCGAGCCUCGAGCAUUGGUCAAACAUUUCACCAUCGCCCUCGCAUUUUCGUUCCGGCAGCAUGUCAUCCGGUUUGAAUUCAUCGCAUUUUGAUCUAUCGGAUGAUUCACACAAUUUUCACAAUUCCCUGUUGUUCCAACAACAACAACAACAACGACAACAACAACAACUCCAACAACGACAGGCAGCCGGCGCCCAGCGUCGUCAAAUGAGCACAUCCGUCUUCAAUCUCAACUCGAUGAACACGCGGCGCCCUCUAGCGGAAACCCAGCACAGCGGCGCUUGGCUGGCCAAUCAGCGCAUGCAGCAAGCACAAUCGAUGGCGCAGCUGAACUGCGCCGGCUGUCAGAGUCAGCAGCAGCAGGGCAACUGGGCAGCGCAUCCACACGCUCAUCCGCAUGGGGAUGAGUGGUCCCAGUUUGGGUCGCAGCAGCAGUUCAAUCACUCGAAUCUGUCGCUUAAUAUGGGCGCCGGUUACUUGCCACAACACCAGCAGCAGCAUCCGCAUUACCCUCCACCCGUGUUUAUGACACAACGCGGCAUGAUGCCCAACAUGUAUCCAGGUGCUGUUGGUUACCCCAUGUUGCAUCCAGGCGUCAUGGGCAUGCCACCGCCUGUUGCCUCGCGUGCAGCAUCCCGUCCUCGUUAUCCUGCCUCCCCGACGCCCAGUCGCAAGUCACUCUCGAUGCGACGUGGCAAACGCAGCAGUUAUGGGGAUGAUGAGCUGACCGAUGAUGAGGAUUCGGAUCAGGAUGAUCGUCGCUCUCUUGUCUCCAAUCGCUCGGGCAUGACGAGUGCCUCGCGCUCUCAUCAGCAUCAGCAUCAUCAUCAGCGUCAGCGCCGCUUGUCCAGUGCCUCGCAGCUGAUCAACAAUAGUGGCAAUGAUGAGCUGGAUGGGGAGCAGCGUAUGGUCAGCAGACAGCACAAGAUGCGCGAUCGUCGCGGCUCCUUUGCCAAGUCUGUGCAAAGCGAGUGGCUGCCCGAGCGCAGGGAUUCAAAUGAAGGAGGAGGAGGUGGAGGUGGUGGUACCUUAAAGAGAUCCCAACACGAACCACCAAAAACGAGUCGCAUCUACUCGGAUCUGGAAUCGGAGGGAUCGGAUGCACGUGCCUUGGUUCAAGCCAAAAUACAGCAAAAGCUGCAGCAGAACUCUACAGAAAUGCAGCCAACCAGCAAAAGGAACGAGGUCAAACGCAAGCCGGAGAUGAAGGAUGAAAACACACAGGCAGCGGCGGUGGUUCAAAAGAGCUCCGUAACUCUAGCCAAGGCGGAGAACAGUGAAUCCGAUUACGAGGAGGAGGUAGUUGAGGAAGUUCCCGACUCAGAGACCGAGGCGGAUGAGACGCCAGCAGCUGAGACAGUUGAGGCUGGCGAAGAUGAUUUGGGACCACCGCCAUCGACUCCCGAUCACGAAUGGGAAUGCGAGUUUUGCACCUUUGUCAACGAGGCCAAUGUCAAAAUCUGUGCCAUCUGCUGCAAGACGCCCUGCAAGCCACCCACAAAACCCACAGAAAAGAAAGCCAUUACAGCGGAUACAAAAGCAGAGUCCAAGGCUCCAACACCCAAGCCGGAGACCAAACUGGUGCACAAGAGCUCCAUGAAGUCAACUAAUCAAACACCAAGCAAACCAAAACAAACCACAGCAACAGCAACAACCGCGACAACGAGCACCACAAGCACCACCAAGAAACCAAGUGUAACCACAAAAUCGCAGCUGAAAACCACAGGGGAUAAACAAACAGAAAGUUCCAUCUCCAAGGGUUUCACACACAAAGAAUCCGUUGAGAAUAUUUGGAAUACACUGGAUGAGAGCAUACAGGCACAGGCGGAGCAGGUGUUGAAGCAGGCCCAAAAGGUCUCCACAGGCUGUGGCGGCACACCUCCCAGGGAGCUACCCCCCAGACAGGAUGAUGCUGCCAUCGAAAGACAGGCUAGGGAAAUGGCCACCUCACCACCACCGCAAAGCAUUUCCACACAAACCUACGAUGUGCUGCCCAUUCACGCCCAGUCAGAGGAACCAGCGGCUCCUGUCCAGGAGCACUUUAGAUCGCCCGAGCCUGCCAAAAUGGAAAGGAAACCGUAUUAUCGCAGCAGCUCACAGCUCCCACAGGAGAACGAACGCUAUCGUAGCGCCAAUGAUCUGAGAUAUAGUGUGGACACUGCUUCAGGUCCAUAUAAUACGGGUCAGCUCACCAGACGUCCCAAUUUCAUAAAUGAUCUGAGAUCUUUGCAGCACCAAAGUUCCUCGCCAUUUGAUAUGCCACACGAUUCAGUCGGCUACAAACACGAACCGGCCCGCGAUCCCGAAAUCGAAAUGCACAUCAUAUUGAAGGAGCUGGAACUGUACAAGUUCACAGUUGAGGAACUGGAGGCAGCUCUCAAAUACUGCGGUCCCGAUAUGCAUCCCAUACAAUGGCUGCGCGAGAACUGGCACAAGCUGGUCCAGACCGUGCAGAGUCUAUCCACAAAGUACGGCCAGGAGCGGGCGGAGAACACAAUUGGGACAAUCUCGCAGAAUGAGGCACGAGAGGCUCUGCGAAGUUCGGGUGGCAAUGUUUGGCAAGCCGUUGCGGAUUGCAUACAGCAGCGGCAGCAAAAGUACCGCAAACUGGCCGCCAAGGGCAACUUUCUGAGUGAGGAUAUUGUGAAUGCGUUGACAGCGCAUCAAGGUAAUGUGGAACAGGCCUUGGUCGAACUGAAUCGCACACAACUCAAACCAUUUCUAAUGCGCAUCUGGGGCUCGCCGAACGGCGUGGAGAAUGAGAGUGCCGCCUUAGAUAACAAGUCGGAUAUCCAUGAGUUUCUCAACACACAUGCUUUGGACUGUUUGCAAAUGACGAGUAGUGAGAAUUCUGCAUUUGCCAAUCCAUUCGAUGCUUUGUAUACUGAUGAUAAUCACAGCCCUGCCAAAUCGUCUUAUGCCACGCCGAGUCCUUAUCAACUCGAGGAUAGUACACUCAAAAAUCUGGAAAUACUUAUUGGCAACAUGGAACAGAAUCAGGCCAAGCAGAAUCAGGAAGUGCUGCGUUCAAUUGAAACGAUGCUGGAGGGUUUCAAAAGCAAACCUGAGCAGGAGUAUGAAACGGAUCCAGAAGUUAUGCGCAUCCUAACCAAGAGUCCGAUUAGUACUUUGAAAUCCCCAUCUGCGCUGCAGGACAAGUCCAGCGAUGAUGUCAAGAGCUUUGUGUGGCAACACAUACAGGAUAUUGUGCCCAACCUGGUGCAGCAGGUGGAACAGGAGCUAAUGGAGCCAACAGAGGUGGACGAGGUACCCCUAAUCCCAGUGGAAACAAUCGCACCUGUGGUUGAGGCAGUGGUGCAAAAAGAGCCAACACCACCACCAGAAGAUCCGGGUGUUUACAUCAUGGAGGAGAUCAUCAAGCCAAAUUUACGGGAGAGUUCAAUACGCGAAGAAUUGCCAGCUAAUUUCAUUUAUGCUACGGAAAUAGCCAACUUUAAGCUGGAGUUUGAUCGGGGCAUCGAGAGAUGGCAUGAAUUGGAAUGGGAAUUGGAUGACUUGGAAGACGCCGAGCGUAUUGUCUACAAGAGUUAUAUGGCACCGAAAAUGGAAGAAGUGGAAGAGGCCAUUGCGGAGCCAGCUGUAGCUGUGAGUGAGACGGAAACCAAUAGUCCAAAGGACCUUGAAUCCAACAGCAAUAUUACAAGUGAGGCUGCCGUGGACUCUAGCGCAACUCCCUCAGCGAGUGCAACGAAGAAAGAAUCGAAUGCGGCUCAAGAAAUGGAGGAAGUCAUUUCACCAAAACCCAUCAGCGAAUCAACAACGAAACCUACCGAAAAGACAGCAGAGACUCCACCAGAAAAGAUUGCAGUUGAAACAACAGUUGAGAAGCGGAAGGAAGAACCAAAGGAGAUUCAAACCGAGUCCCCAGCUGAGUUAGAUGACAAACCCAGCACCAGUCGAGAAGCUAAUAGAAGAAUUAAACGAUCGCAGCUACCGAAAAAAACAAGGACUCGGGAUCAAAGCCAAAAACCAGCUAAUCGAAAUAGAUUGCCCAAUAAGACGGCGGAAAAGAGCCAACAAGAUGAAGCUAAUCAAGUCGCUGAGCAACCACAGAAAGCAGCAGAAACAGGCACAAAUCAGAUAUUUGCAGAUUAUAAGAUGGGAACAGCUAUUGUCGAGACUGAAGUGGAAGUAGACAAUCAAGUUAAGGCGGACGAGAUAACUCACACGGAAGGAGGAGAAACUGAAACAAGGGAAGCUGACGCGGAAGCAGAAGCUGGCAUAAGAAAAGAAGCUGAAAUAGAAGAGGGAGCUUUUGCAGAAGUAGAAGCUGAAGUUACUUCUUCAACACCGGUUCCUGAAACCGCUGAAGUUGAUGCAGCAAUAGAAGCUUCAACAUCUGUUAAUGAAACACAAGAAGUAGAUGCAGCAGUAAAAUCAGAUCUUACUUCUUCAACAUCGGUUUCUGAAACCCCUGAAGUAGCAGCUUCAACAUCUGUUAAUGAAACACAAGAAGUAGAUGCAGCAGUAAAAGUUAAUGUUACUUCUUCAACUUCUGCUAUUGAAACACCAGAAGUAGAUGGACAAUCCAGUCUAACUGAAGCUAAUCUUGCUCAAGUCGAGCAACUUUAUGUUAAUCCGGAGGACUCAGGAGUUUCUCAAAGUCCUGAAGUUCCACAGUUAUCUACAGCUGAUAGCUCGUCAGCUCAACCAGAAGAAAGUAUUGUGCUACAACUGCAACCAACCCCAGCUUCAGAAGAAAAAGCUGUUUUGGAAUAUCAAUCACAGGAAACAGCUGAGAGCUCAGACCAUCAAUCACAGGCAGAGGUGAACACCGAACCAGUCAUUGAGACAAUACCAACAAUCACUGUUGCAACUAAUCAAAAGCGAAGACCCAAGCGUUUCUCAAAGAUUCCGGUGAGAACCUUAAGCAUAACUAGUCUCCGCAGUGAGAGUAGAAAUAGUAUUCAAACACCAACAGUAGCAGAAGCAGAGAAUAAUACAAGAAACUCAGAAGAGAAUGCAGAAAUCCAGGAAGAAGAAAUCAAACCCGCUUCUCCUUCUUCAAUCGAGGCGUCGAAUACAUCUUCCUCGACAGCUGAAGUCGUAACGCCCAACGAUUCCGAAGAGGUCUUUGAGGAUGCAGCCGAGUUCAGCGGUGAGGAACCGCAUCUACACGAUGAAUAUCACUCGGAUGCCGAGCUCUAUAGCCUGGACAGUGAGGAUCAUCUACCAAAGUCACCCGCAAGUGAAGUAUUGCUCGUUCUCAAUACCGAGUCACCUGCAGAGGACUUCCACAUUAACAAAUCGACCAGUAAUACAACAAUUAGUUCACAUUCAAGCCAAUCCGAGCCAGAGAAGAUGGUGCUGAAGGAGUUUAUACCAUCGGGAGAUCCAGCCAAGCAAAAUCUGAGUGAACUUGUCGAGGACACUCAGCGUUUGAUCAAACAAAUGCGCGAUGAGAUCAGCAUGGACGAGUUUGAGUCAACCGAUGACGAAGAUUACUCCGAGGACUACUCCGAUGAGUACGAUGAGGGCGAAGAGGAGGAGUGGUAUGAUGACAGCGAGGGCGAUGAGGAGGAGGGCACAUACAACGAGAACGCAUCCUUUAUUGAGGAAGCCUCCAGUGGGGCAGCAGCUGGCUUGGCAUAUGGUGACGAUGAAGCCACCGAAAUCGAGGACAUUAUGGAAGAAGAUGAAUUUGAAGAGGAAGAAGGAGAACCAGAACGAAAAGGAGACGGAGACGAUAAGACAGACAAUAAUAAGCUUGCUCAGACAGCUGACACGCAUGAAACAGUCACGAGCACCUCAUCAGUCACGCCCACAAAUCAUGAAAUGGAUCUAAAUACAGAGAUUGAGACGGUUUCUUCCACAGCCAGGAUCAGCGCAGUUGAGGCAAAUAUCAAGUCAACUGAUGAAACAGCUCUAACACAAGCUGCUGUACUAGAAGAACCUAUAGAACCCGUUGUUGCUGUAGUUCAUGAAACGGUUCCGGAUUUAUCCCCAGCCACAGAACCCAUUGAACAAAUUACUGAAACUCCUGCCGUGGAAAUUUUAUUGGAAUCGGAAACCCAACCAAUAGCUGAGCAGGUCGCAGAACCAACUGCCCUACCCCUAACACCCGCACCACCCAUUAUCGAUUCAGAAACCCGUCCGCUUGAGCUGCCCACCGAAACAGUAUUGGAAGAGCCCAAAAAGGUAAAUCCCAAGACAAUCCCAAGCAAAACCGAGGCUAGCAAAACUCCCAGCACACUGAAAACCAACAAAUCCACAGUAAGCAAAAUACCCAAACUCACAAAUGAAACCAACACAAACACAACAGUCACAACAACAACAACAACCAACAACAGCAACAACAAGAAAUUGCCGAUGCGUUCCAAAUCCUUUUCCGCACCCAUGGGCAUCUCAUCGGUCAAACGCAUCCAGCAGCAGUUCCUGCAGAAACAAACACAGUCCAGCACAUUGAGCAGCAGUCGUGUGCCACUCAAGACUAGUCCAACCAAUAGGAAAUCCCUGAGUGAAGCGAUUAGCAAAUUCAAUACACAAACCACACUGGAUGGCCCGAGCACCAGUGGUGCAGCAGCUGCGGUAAAUGCACUGUUCAAGCCACGAUCCCAGCCACGUAUACCCAAAAAGAAAUAUCAUGAGACAUGUUUCUCGGAUGAUGAUUACGAGACAUCGGCCAACGAGGAGGAGCCAGAGGAGGAGACUGAACUAGCUGCACCACUGAAAGCAGAGCUGCUCAAACGCAAACUCAGCAUGCCCGUCUUUCGGGCCUAUGCCAGUGUUCAGGAGCCCAUUAUUGAGGAGCCAGCGGUGCUGGCCCGCAAAUAUGUCGAACAGCAGCUGGUCACGAGUAUUGCCGAGGCACAAAUUGCCGCCACACUGGUAAACAUGAAGUUCCAGGAGGAUGUGGCCCUGUGGGCAGCAAGGGAAUGCUCGGAUCUCGAUCAGGCCAUCUCCAUGCUGCAGCAGGAGUGUGAACUGUGUAUGAACAACUAUCCCAUGAAUCAAAUUGUCUCCAUGCUCAAGUGCACCCACAAGUGCUGCAAGCAAUGCGCCAAGAGCUAUUUCACCGUACAGAUAACAGAUCGCAGCAUCAACGAUUGCAGCUGCCCGUUUUGUAAGUUGCCCGAGCUGAGCAACGAGGUGGCACAUGAGGAUGAGCACUUGGAGUACUUUUCCAACUUGGACAUAUUUCUCAAAAGCAUUUUGGACAACGAUGUGCAUGAGCUGUUCCAGCGCAAGCUCCGCGACCGCACACUGCUCCAGGAUCCCAACUUUAAGUGGUGCAUCCAGUGCUCCUCGGGCUUCUUUGCCCGGCCCAAGCAGAAGCGUUUGAUAUGCCCCGAUUGUGGUUCGGUAACCUGUGCCCUGUGCCGCAAACCCUGGGAGAGGCAGCACGAAGGCACCACCUGUGAGGCGUACCUGGAAUGGAGGCGUGAGAAUGAUCCGGAGUUGCAGGCCCAGGGCGUACAGGAGCAUUUGGCGCAACAUGGCAUCGAUUGUCCCAAGUGCAAGUUCCGUUACUCGUUGGCAAGGGGCGGCUGCAUGCAUUUCACGUGCACCCAGUGCAAAUUUGAGUUCUGUUAUGGUUGUGCCAGACCCUUUAUGAUGGGCGCCAAAUGCAACAUCUCGCCGUAUUGUUCCAAGUUGGGUUUGCAUGCCCAUCAUCCACGGAAUUGUUUGUUCUACCUGCGCGACAAGAUACCGCUGCAGCUACAGUUUCUGCUCAAGGAGCACAAGGUCACAUUCGAUACGGAGCCCAUCGAGACCGACGAUGAGCCGAGCAGCGCCAGCACGGCAAGGGCCUUGUCCCGUUGCCCCAUCCCACUGCAGAAGGAGACCCCACAGGGCCUAGUGGACACCGUUUGCAACAGCGAUGUGCCCGAAAAGCAUGCGGGCAUGUGUCGCACACAUUACGUAGAGUAUUUGGCUGGCAAGGUUGCCAAGGCCAGCAUCGAUCCGCUGCCCAUUUUCGAUUUGACGGACUGUGUCCAGGAGCUGCGUAGGCGAGGCAUUGCUCUUCCCGAGCGCGGACCCUGGGACACCGAUGAGAUCUACAAGAAAAUGUGCUCUGAGGUAAUCAAACAACAUAUACCACUCAAAUCGGCCUGAGUGCGAUCGUAUAAUUCGCUGUGUUCUUCAAGGGCAUUCAAUCGACGCUUCUCAACUAUUGCAAUUGUUCAUGCAAUUUUUUAUGAAUAAUCGUAAACAUUUAUAUGACGACAUUUUUAUAUACAUUGAGCAUACACAUACAUACAAAAAUACAUAUAUAUAUAUGUAAAUUGUAGACAGUUUAUUAGACAUUCGACAUUCAUACCAUACAUAAUGCCCAUUCGUAUACCCGCCCAUCCACCCGAUAGCACUACCAACUAUUUGUUUAGCCCGUAAGCAGUUUAUUAUUAUUUUUGCACUUCAGGCUAGACACAAACCAUAGCCAAUAUAUGGACAGACACGAGGCACUAACAGCAUCCAAUAAACAGCUUGUGCGAGAACCGAGAAUUGUUAACGGGUGCAAUUUGUGCAAAGCGUGUUGCAAAUAUUCGACAUACUGCAAAUAUAUGCGUGCCAGAUGGCGUUUACCUUGCCAUAAUAAUCGAAAA